AGAUGAGUGUUAGAAAGUUAGAUGCUGUUAGCAGUAGCCAAAGUUUCUUAACGUACAUGUCACACAUCAUCAUCUAAAGAUAUCAAAUUCCGGAGGCUUCUUUUUUCAUCACUAGGUUGUCAUGCUUAUGACUUGCUUAUGGCGUACUCAUUGUUUGUUCGUUCGUACAAGUUUCUUUUUGCGUUUCCGUGUGAAUUCUGUGGAUCGAUAUUUGAAUUAAGUUCCCAGACCAUACCUAAAACCCCAGAGGAAAAGUUAUUAAGAAAAGGAUGACAAAAUAAAAAAAAAUUAAAAAAAAUCACUGUCAAAUUAUAAUAGGUUAAAAAAAAUAAAGGGCUGAUUUUUUUUUGCCUUAGUAAAAAUUUGAGGUUUUUUUUUUUUCAAAAAAGAAAAAAAAACUUCCUAAUAAUUCCAAAUGGAGAACAAUGUGUCUUUAGAUACUCAUCACAAGUCACCGUCAAUUCAACAGACGGCCAGAACGUCUCACACAACUUCAGAACUUGUUCACUCUCAUACAGUGAACCUUUCAAUGCAGCCCGGCGGGACUACUCAUCCUUUUGGUUCUCUUAUUCACCCAACCCCUACUCCUUCACCGCCCCCAUUAUCUUCUUUACAACAAUCACAAGUUCAACAACCAUUAACGUUUGUAUUUGAAAGAUUUUCUUCUGGUGUUAAUACACCUCUUUCUAUGAACACUCCCAUACCUUCGCCAAGACCGGUAAUUAGGUUAGACGAAGACGCGACUCCUGAUGUAAUGGACGUCCGCAGAACACAAAGAACUCCAUUAACCAUCAAUACAACUCAGAGUAGCGAUUUUACUAAAAAAAAUCGUAAUAAGCGAAAAGACCGCACAUAUAGAACUUCUUUAGAUUCUCCAAUUUCAAUUAACUCAACUAACAGGGACGAAGAUUCAAAGUCUGACUCAGAUUAUGGUGACCCUAUGAUAACCGAUUAUACUCCAAGAAGUGAGGCAUGUUCGGAUUACGAUAUGGAAGAUGCGAUGACACCAGUAGAGGCAUUAAAGAGACUUUUAAUGCAAUUUACAGCCAUGUCUCAUCGUCGACUUGAAUUGAUCUUGCCAGUACUCUUAGAUAAUGACAUAGACGACCCAGAAAUUCUUUUAUUAAUUGAAAACGAACAAUUCCUCCGCGAUUUACGCGGUAAAAAUGGUUCAUCACUUAGUAUUGGCAAUAUCUUGACACUUUGGCGUGGAAUUCAAGAGCAUCGGAAUGGGUCAAUCGCUAAUACACCAAAAUCUUUUUCUUGUUCCUCUUCAAUUUCUUCUUAUUCUCCACCUCCCCCUUCCUCAAGAGCUAACAUUGACCUCAUUUCUUCUCAAUUAAAUACACCAAAAGCAAAAAGACCAAGAUUAGAUCCCUUAGAAAGAGAAGACCAUAGAAAUAUUUCUUCUUCUGGACAUGAUUCUCGUUCUCACCAUCAUCAUAAUCAUCAUCACAAUGAUGUUAAUAACAGUAGCGUUAAACAAAGGUUAAAAGCUCCUAAAUUAAGUAUGUCUACUAUAGAAGAAGUUCAUAGCCGAGUGGAUUGUGUUCUAACCGUUGUAACAGCUGAAAAUGAACGUCGAAAACAAGCUGCUCUUGCUCGUAACCCUAAUGCUCGCCCUACACUCAGAUUUGAGGAUUUCGUAUCCGAACUUAAAGCAGCACAUAAAAUCCCAGUGGCUUUUGGUACUUUACGAGAUAUGCGGUUUGCCUACAUUCUUAAAAAAUUGGAUAAGCAACGUUAUGCUGAAACACUUGCCACAAAUAGAAGCAAUGUCACGGAAUUCUAUAGAAGUUGCCAAGAAGUUUGCGAGGAGAAUUUUAAAGAUGAUUUGCUAGAAGCAGCUUUACCUUGGUUGGAGCUCAAAGCAAAAAUGUAUUAUAAGUAAAAUAUUUGUUUGCUCUGUUUUCUUUUUGUCAUUCAACAAAAAAAAAAAAAAUCGCAAUGAAAUAUUAUAUCUGGGAAUUGACUUUUAUAUUAUAUUUAAAUAUGAAAGUCAAUCAAACAAAUAUUGUUAUUUUAUUACUAUUAUUUUAUUAUUUUUUUUUUCCUUUACGUAGAAAUUUUUUUGCUUUUUUUUUU